ACACAAGCUGCCCCUCAGCCUGUCUCACUGACCACCCUGAACCUGCAGCACAUUGCUCUCCAGAGCAGCUUGUCUCACGCUCAAGUUGGAAAGAAGACGUGGAAGAGGACAAGAAAGCCUUCUGAGGCUAUUUUUUAUUCAUUUAUUUUUUGUAAAGUUUGAUAGCAGUGCUGAUAUGGCCUCUCUGAGGAGUGUGCUUCAUCUUGGAGUCUGCCUGUCUGCAUGGCUGGCAACUACAGCAGGUAAGGACCUUGUGCCACGAGCGGAGAACGUCACAUGGUCGUCUUUGAACUUUAAAACCAUCCUCACCUGGGAUCCCACACCAACCGACUACACAUACACCGUCCAUUUUGCUGAGGAUAGGGCUAACUGGAGGGAGACGCCUGACUGUAUCCAGAUCUCAGACACAGCGUGUGAUCUGACUGACUGGCUGCUUCCCUUGGACAGGACCUAUUCUGCUGACAUCAAGUCAGAACAUGAUGUGACAGACGAUGAUGAUGACGUAGAUGAUGUGGAGUUUCCACACACCUAUUCCCCAAAGUUCAACCCGUACAGAGAGAGUCAGAUCAGUGCUGUCUCGUUUAAAAUACAGGCUGCUGAGAAUGGGAUGGUGACCCUGAACAUCAGCGAUCUUAUCACCUCUGUCCGCAGCAGGCAAAGUGGGAAGCUGCUCACCAUCAGAGAAGUCUUCAACAAAGACCUCAAGUAUAAGAUCAUCUACCACAAGGCUGGAAGCACUGGGAAGAGAGAGAACAUCUCAGACUACAGUAUAGCGAAGCUGUCUAACCUGGAUGCAGGAGACAGCUACUGCUUCAAGGUGGCCGCCUUCAUACCCUCCAGAGCCAAAGCCCUGCAGCUGGGAGCCUGGAGCCAGGAGGUUUGCUCAGAGGCAGAGAGGCACAUCCUGCACGAGCUGAGUGUUGGAGCGUUAGUUGGUCUGCUCUUCAUCCUGCUCAUAGUCAUCAGCAUCAUCGUCAUCGUGACAAUCCUCUGCUGCAGACGCUGCUGAUGAGCAAGAAACACAACGCUCCGACCACUGGCACAAGCCGGACCUGUGUGUGUGUGUAUGUGUGUGUGUGUGUGUGAAAUACAUGGAGCAGGUCUCCUGUUUUUUCUUUUUUUUUUAAUGUGUGUGUCCAACACUGGCUUGUAUUUUCUAAGAAAACAUUAUUUCAUAUUGCUAUAGUCAAUAAAUAGAAUGUAUUGCUGUAUUACAUGGACUGCAGACAUUAUUCAACACACCAAGAAGCAAUCUUAAAUUCAUUCUUACAACCUUAAAUUCAAGCUUUCAAAUGAGACUCCCUCAUGUUCAUGAUAUGUUUAUAGAUUCCAUUUCUUACCAUCCACUCCUUCAAUGGUACAUUGACUUUAGUGUAUUUAUUGUAAUUUAUUUUCCUAGGUUUUCUGGGACUUUCCGCCCUUGCCCAGUGGUUUAUAGACUGUUCAACUCCAACGUUCAUUGCCUUGUUGUUGUCAUUAUGAGAUUAACAAACUGCAAUUGCAAUACUUUUGUCUUUCAUGUAAAAUAAACUUUUG